AUGUUUACCAUGUCUUGCCUCGUGCUGGUAUUGGCAGUCUUAACAUUCGCAAAAGGUGUAAACCUCACAGGCGAUCUAUAUGACUUGCUCAACAAUGCUCCGCUUUUCGGCGACCGCUACUUCCAUCUAUACAAAAGGCCCGAACACAUUAAGGAGAUAGAAACACUUAGAAGAGUCCAAGAGGCUACUCCCCAUCCUGGUUUAAAAUAUUUCCAGCCUUAUGUCAAAGGGAAGACACUGAUUGUUCUUGACGAUUUCGGGGUACUACUCCAGAUCCCACGUCUAGAUUAUUCAAGCGCCGAAACACUCCUGAAAGAUUUGGCCGCAAACAAGAAUAAUGAAGUUUGGCUCCGCAGAGUACGGGACGGUACUGUAUCUAACGCAAUCGUUGGGCCUAAGAUCGAGAUAGUAGUUCAGGACAUGAAGGACGAGGUUUCAUUAGAUAUUGGAAUGUACAUGAAGUUCCUAAUUGAAGGCAGAUCAUUUGCUAAGAUGACAAAGCUCGAUUCGAAGAACGUGUUAGCAUACUUCUAUGACACGAAAACCGUUGAAGAGUUUGACCCGAUGGCUGCUAAAAUACGCAAGGACCUAGCCGAUGAAUCCGCCGACUACGAGCUCAUACGAGACAAUGUGAAAAGUGUUGUGGAAAUUAAGCACAUAGAAGCCAAUAAAGGAAAUUCUGUCGACUGGUUGCUGGGUACUGGUUGGUACACAAAAGGAGUCGCAAUUGGCAAUCCCACAAAUAGCGAUGGCAUGUUCAGAGCGAUGAAUCAUGCUAAUCAGGGCACUGGUGAUUCAUUUCACUCUGUGGUUGUCACUGAAGAUUUGAUGCGACAAACCUCUGCGAAAUAUACAUUGCGAGACUUCCACAAGGCUCACAAGCUUCUCAGGGAACUCAUACCGUCGAGAUGGGAUAAAAUUAAAGCAAUAAUUUCGAUAAUAGAAUAA